AUGCAUCUCGGCUGCAGACGCGUUAGACGAGAGGUGGUCGUGGCGCUGAUUGUCCUCGUCGGGCUAUGGCACUUUCGCGACGUGAUAUGGUCGGACCCGACCGAGUUUGAGCGGCUCGAACGAUGGAUGAACCACGGCGCGAUACGUUCCGACGCUCACGAGAACUUUACCGAGAGCAGCUUCGACUGGAGUAGCAUCCGACACAGCUACCGCCCCGGCUCGCUGACGGCACUGCCGAAGCCUCUACCCGACGACGCGAUACCCCCCGUACAGCACUGCUUCGAUGAGGAGACGACCGACGAGACCAUGGUCCGCGUCGCGCGGCUCACCGAGGUGCGGCAGCUCUUCCAGGCCAACUGGGCCAGCUAUCGGCGCUUCGCAUGGGGCAAGGACGCGCUGAUGCCUGUGUCGGGCGGCGCCAAGGACCAGUUCUCUGGCUGGGCCGCGACGCUGGUGGACGCGCUCGAUACGCUCUGGAUAAUGGGCCUGCGGGACGAGUUCGACGAGGCCGUCGCCGAGGUGGCGCGCAUCGACUUUGGCCGGUCGACGUCGACCCGCGUCAACAUGUUCGAGACCAACAUCCGUUACCUGGGUGGGCUCAUGGCGGCGUACGACCUCAGCGGCCGAGGCGUGCUUCUGCGCAAGGCCGUCGAGCUCGGCAACAUGAUCUACGCGGGCUUCAACACGGAGAAUGGGAUGCCCGUCGACUUCAUCGACUUCGAGGCCGCCAAGCGCGGCGACAUGCUGCAGGUCGAGGAGCGCGUCGUGUCGGCGUCGCCCGGCACGCUAUCGCUCGAGCUCGCGCACCUGUCGCAGCUGACGGGGGACGACAAGUACUACGACGCCGCGUCGAGGGUCAUGGAUGUCUUUAACAAGGGCCAGAACAGCACGGAGCUGCCCGGCGCGUGGCCCAUGUGGGUGUCGAUGAAGCACCAGAACGUCACCACGGGGGGCGCUUUUACGCUCGGCGGCUCACAGGACUCGCUGUAUGAAUACCUCCCCAAGAUGCACCAGCUCUUGCAGGGCGGCGACGCCAAGUACGAGACCAUGACGAAGACGUUCCUGGAAACGGCCGACAAAUACUUUCUGUUCCGGCCCAUGCUACCCAGCGGACAGGACAUUCUUCUCCCGGGCAACGUCAACGUCAUCGAUGGCGGCGCAGAACUUGACCCGGAGACGGAGCACCUGGCGUGCUUCGUGGGCGGCAUGUUCGGCCUCGCGGGCAAGCUCUUCGACGCCCCCGAGGACGUGGAGCGCGGGGCCAAGCUGACGUCCGGGUGCGUCUUCGCGUACCGCGCCUUCCCGACGGGCCUGAUGCCGGAGCGGCUCGACACGGCGCCGUGCGCGUCGCGCUCCCGCUGUCCUUGGAACGAGGUGCUGUGGAUGCAGGAGCGCGACGCGCGGGCCGAGUGGCAGCAGCACCUGCCUCUGGGCUUCACGACGGCCAAGGACCCGCGCUACAUCCUGCGGCCCGAGGCCAUCGAGAGCGUCUUCUACAUGUGGCGCCUGACGGGGCGGGUUGAGUUCCAGGAGGAUGCGUGGGAUAUGUUUCGCGCGGUUGCCAACGGGACGAGGACGGAGCAUGCCAACGCUGCGGUGCUGGACGUGACGCGUGAGGCAAAUCCGUUGCCGAUGGAGGACUACAUGGAGAGCUUUUGGCUGGCGGAGACGCUCAAGUACUUUUAUCUCGUGUUUUCGUCGCCGGACGUUGUUAGCUUGGAUGACUUUGUCUUCAACACGGAGGCGCACCCAUUUAGGAUACCCAGGUGA